AUGCCUGUCCUCCCAAAAACAAAUACGACUUACACCGCCUCACGGCAAACCAAUCCCAUGCCUGAGGCAGACGAGCCAAGACUUCAAGCUGUGCUCUUCAAUAUUCUUACUGUCGUGCUUGCUGCCGCAUCGUUAGUUGUAGCAUGUUGUCAUUAUAUGCAUCAGAGGAAAGGUAGUCGACGAAAGGAACUCGAGCGUGCUAUGCACCGUGCUUCGGAGUUGCAGACAGACAACUGCCAGGAGAGGACUCGCGUCGAGACUGUAUCCUCAAACGAUACCGAUACCCUGGUGCUCAGGGAGGAAGAGGCGGAGGAAGUCGAGCUGGAAGAUGUCAGGACGGGUCGCCGCGAUGCGUUCGGUAAAGAGGGCGGUGGCAUUGACCAUGAGAAAGAGUCGCAGGGCGGGAGGCAGACUUGA